CUUCAAAUUACUACUGGUCACAUUUUUUAUACGUCAAAACCAUGAAUUAUGCGAACUAGAAGGUAGGAAAAAUUCUAGUACGUACUCCACUUUCUAGGAGAAGUAGGUAAAAUGUCCAAUUGAAUGAAGGUAAGCUCUGAGAUGGAAACAUGUUGUUUUACAACCAUGCUCGGCACAUAAUAAUAAAAGAUUAAGUCGAACAACUCCAUUUCCUUUUCCAUCAUUAUAUAAACAAACCCUCAUCAUCCCAAUCCCCUCAUCAUUCUUCAAAUAGAUCAAGAACCCCUUUUCUUAAAAACACUCCAUUGUUCAUUUUAUCAUCAUCCUUCUUGAUCAAAAUUCCUCCUUUCCCCUUUUCAUAUUCACAAUGGCAAACUUCAAUGCCAAGUUCCUCUUUUGCUUUGCUUUGAUUGCUCUUGCUGCUGUUCCAAGUCUUGCAACUAAGUACACAGUUGGAGAUACUAGUGGUUGGACUACGGGAACAGAUUAUGUCACCUGGGCAUCAGGGAAGAACUUCAAAGUUGGAGACAACCUUGUGUUCAAUUAUGCUGGAAGCCAUACAGUGGAUGAAGUAAGCUCAAGUGAUUACGCCUCAUGCAGUGCGGCGAAUUCCAUCUCAACAGACAACAGCGGCUCCACCACAAUCCCUCUCAAAACCGCCGGAACACAUUACUUCAUCUGCGGAACACCCGGACACUGCAGUGGCGGGAUGAAGUUAUCCGUCACCGUGGCACCCGCCGGAGGAGCAGCAGCACCCGGUGGAUCCACCGCCGCUCCUGCACCGGCCGGAAACGGAGGCAGCAGCUCCGGCUCCGGUACACCUGUAACCCCCGCCGCUGAUUCCCCUCCGGCACCACCAACUCCGAGGACCACCAGUACUACUCCCUCUUCCGCCGGAGCUUUGACUCCAUUCACGGCUUUAUUCACUUUUGGAGCUGUUUUAUCUAAGUUUGUUCUUUCUUAAAAGUUUAAUUCUUGGCUGACUCUUUUCGCCAGGACAGAGGCAGUGCUUCAUAUUUCUCAUUUAUUUCCUCCAUUUCCGGUUUUUUUUUUUUUUU